GAGAGAGACCCAAGAGCCGAAAGUAAUACAAGUCAAACAUGGCGGCUGCUGCCACCGACACACAUCGAUAGGAACAUCGUCAACAAGAACUGGUGACAAAAAGUUUCCACGGAUUAUAUUGUGGGACUAUACACUUUUCGGCACCAAGCGUCGGCGAGGUUUUGUGUCCGUUUCCAUUCUCCAGACGGAAUAUUGGAGAGGUGAUCAUAGCAGCAGCAACUUGCCUACAUGUCAACAUUCUCUUCUCUGAAGCACUAAGCAGCUGGAUAGGCUGUUGCCAUGGCGCUGGAGGACAAGGGCCACCGGGUGAGCGACUACUUCGUGGUGGCCGGCCUGACGGAUGGCUCCGCCCCUCUGGAGACCGACCUGUCCGAGGCCAAGGGCACGGGUCCCAAGCCGCCCAUCUGCGACCUGGCAGUGAUUAACCGCUCGGCGGGGGAGACGGUGCCCGAGGGCUUCACCUGCAUCGAGAGCACCCCUACUGGCCAGCCGGCCAACCUCAACCACGGCAGCCUCAAGAGCCCCGAGCUCUUCCUGUGCUACAAGAGGGGACGCAGCAAGCCACCGCUCAUCGACAUUGGUGUCCUCUACGAGGGUAAGGAGCGUUUGAUCCAGGGUUGCGAGGUCAUCCAGGCGACGCCGUUCGGCCGCUGUGCGAACGUCAACAACAGCUCGGCGACGUCCCAGCGGAUCUUCAUCACGCUGCGUCGCGAUAGGCCGGUCCAGCCCCAGAACUCGCUGGCCGUCACCGACAUCUGCGUCAUCGUCACCAGCAAGGGAGAAACGCCGCCACACACCUUCUGCAAAGUGGACAAGAACCUCAACUGUGGCAUGUGGGGAUCAAGUGUUUUUCUCUGCUACAAGAAGUCAGUGUCCGCCUCCAACUCUAUUGCUUACAAAGCCGGUUUGAUAUUCCGCUACCCCGAGGAGGACUAUGAUUCCUUCCCCCUGUCGGAGUCGGUGCCUCUCUUCUGCCUCCCCAUGGGGGCCAAGAUCGAGUGCUGGGCCCCCAACACCCCCUACCCACUGCCCGUCUUCUCCACCUUCGUACUCACCAACUCCUCCGGAGAGAAGGUAUACGGUGCUGCUAUCCAGUUCUACGAGCCCUACCCUAUAGACCGCCUUAGCGAGCGCCAGAAACAGCAGCUGGGUCUUCUGACGGCGGUGGAGAAGAGACUGCUGACCGAUCGGCCCGUCAACACCAACAAGUGCAUCUGCCUACUCUCCAGGUGGCCCUUCUUCGAGGCCUUCCGGAAGUUUCUACUGUUCCUCUACAAGUUCUCUGUCUCUGGACCUCAUCCCCUGCCCAUUGAGAAGCACAUCUCCCACUUCAUGCACAACGUGUCCUUUCCCUCCCCUCAGCGGCCACGCAUACUCGUACAGCUGUCUCCACAUGACACGUUAAUCCUGUCUCAGCCCGUGUGCACUCCUCUGCCACUCAGUGGGGCAGACUACCGUACCCUGUUGAUGAAUCUGGGUUCUGAGAACUGUGCCACCCUGCUGCAUUUUGUGCUGAUGGAGAGCAAGAUCCUGCUGCACUCACUACGGCCAGCUGUACUCACUGGGGUGGCAGAGGCGGUGGUGGCCAUGAUUUUCCCAUUCCAGUGGCAGUGUCCCUAUAUCCCCCUGUGUCCCCUGUCCUUGGCGGGGGUCCUCAACGCUCCGUGUCCCUUCAUCGUGGGCGUCGACUCGCGAUACUUUGACCUAUACGACCCGCCGCCUGACGUGGUGUGUGUGGACCUGGACACCAACACCAUAUACCUGUCUGAUGAGAAGAGACACUGCAGCUGGAAAAACCUUCCCAAGAAGCCCUGCAAGAGCCUGCUCACAUCGCUAGGCAACCUGCAGAACCAGCUCGCUCUAGUGCGUCGUAGCUCCCCAGAGGGCUCUGCGGUGGACAUGACACCUAUCGAGGCGGACUUCACGUGGCAGAAGAAGAUGGCGUGCCUGGAGAUGGAGAUCCAGGAGUCCUUCCUGCGCUUCAUGGCCACCAUCCUGCGAGGCUACCGCACCUACCUCAAGCCCAUCACACAGGCCCCGUCCGAUAAGGCUACUUCUGCCGACUCACUGUACGACCUGCAAGGUUUCCUGAAGAGUCGUGACCGAGCACAUCAGAAGUUCUACUCUCCGCUGACUAAGACCCAGAUCUUCAUCCGCUUUAUCGAGGAGUGCACCUUCGUCAGUGACAAGGACACCGGACUAGCCUUCUUCGACGACUGCAUAGAGAAGCUCUUUCCAUCGGACAAAGGCACAGAUAAAGGCAAUAAGGUGGAUGCUGAGUUGAGCGAGGACACGCGUCUGAUGGAGCUGGAUGAGUCUCAGAAGAGUGAACACACGGUGUUCGUCAUGCCCCCUGAAGCCCCGCCAGACUCACUCUCACGCUACAGCUAUGGUAAUUUCCCUCGUCUGUGUCUGGAGUUGUUUGAUCGUCCGCGUGAGCUCCGUCCUGCACUGAGCAGCCGAGCAGCGGGGGCCAGCCUGUCAUCCAGUCCUGCUCUACUGGCCAAGAGGACCAAACAGGAGAUGAAGCUGGCGGUGAAGAUGGCCAAGCGUUACUAUAGCAACCCUCCGCUGUGGGCACGCUGCCUGGUCAGCCACUGCUACAGCAUGUGGUUCAUCUGCCUGCCUGCGGGGGGCAGGAGCGCACACUCCAAGACCCGGGCCAUGCAGCAGGCCUACAAUGUACUGCUGAAGCUCAGGAGCACAGAGGUGGAGAUGCUGGACGAGGUGUGUUAUCGUGUGGUGAUGCAGCUGUGUGGUCUAUGGGGGAUGCCUGUGAUGGCUGUAAGGGUGCUGAUGGAGAUGAAGAAAGCCGGAGUGCAGCCCAACGCCAUCACCUACGGAUACUACAACAAGGCGGUUCUGGAGAGCACGUGGCCCAGUCAGAACCGUUCUGGCCUCUUCAUGUGGACUAAAGUCCGGAACCUUCUGAGGGGCCUGGCUCAGUUCAAACAGGCCCUGCACGACAACUCCAGCCCUGAUGGGGGCACCAUAACGCCCAAUGCUGUGUCCGUGUCCAGCAGGGGGCGGUCUGAUGUGGAUCGUCUGAGUCACGGCAGCGCAGACAGCUCCAACGAACCCAACGGAGACGAACACACACACUUCACACACACACUCGGAGGAGAGGCCAGCACAGGUGGCCAGUCAGAUCAAGGCUACGGCUCUAAGGACGAGCUUCAUCAGGAGGUCUCCCCUCUCCUGCUCCCCACACAUAACGGGGAGGACAUAGCCGGCUCUGUGGACAGUGCUGUUGCCAUGACUACGCCCCCCAGCCCGGCCGAAGCUACCCCACCUCCCCCCAGCAUCGUCAAACUGUCAACGGGCAGCUUUGAUGCUUCUGCAGGCAGAGAGACUGGUCCAAACAAGCUGUUCAAGCUGCGUAGUCAGAGCGAAGACAUCCGACUGCCCGAGGAUAUCGCCAUACCAACCGACGACAACGACACCACCACCACCAACUGCAACACUUCCUGUAUGGGCGGGACAAACCCUGCCACCGGAUUGCCCGGCGGGGCCACUGGUGGUGGGUCAGGAGUCGUUGCCACGACAGCGGCGCGCGCUAAGCAGGCGUUUGCAGAGCGUAGCUGCAGCUUUAGCGCGGAGAGCCGCGCGGGCAUGCUCAGUAAGAAGGGCAGCCUGGAGCUCAGCGGCAACAUGGCCGCCCACAUGGGGGCCGACGCCCGAAUCCUUGCCAACGCGCUAACGCAGGGCGUACGCACCCCGCCCCCCGGGGGGCCACACACACCCGCGCCCGAGGACACCUCCACCCCCACACAGGCCACUGGCACCGCCGGGAAAGCCACGAGUGCCAUCCAGGGGUCAGCCUUCCCAGAGCUGCAAGGAGAGGAAGAGGAGGAGCCAGAGGAGGAAGUGACGUCGUCAGACACGCCCACUCCCGGAGAGGAGCACGAAGAGCAGAAGCAGGACAAAUCAGAAAAGGAGCAGGAGGAGCCAAAUGACAUCACGGACGCCGACAUGGCCGCCGACAGCUCCGAGGUCGCAACCCCCAUCAACGCGGCGGAGGUCGACCAGAGCCUUGCCACCAACUCCUCUUCCUCGUCGUCUGGGGUGACGCGCGUUGCCGAGCGAUCGGACGUGGAGGCGGGGUCGGACCCAUUAUCGCUGCUGGCCUCCGAGAGAGAAGACGCCGCAUCGCUACAGAGCCAGGAGUCACAGACACAAACACACACACCCGACCGGCAGCUCGCACAUGAGAUAGAGCUGUACAUGAGUCUACAGGGACCACUGGGGUCUAAGGCCUCCAGUAUGGAGCUCAGCCCACCUGACCCCCUCCAGCCCCCCUCUGAUCCCCCCACCAGUGGGCUCCAGUCUGGGCUGACCACCCCCUCCUGCACCCCCUCCAAGCAGCCCCUGGAGCGGAGGUCCAGCCUCCCGGCCCCCGCCACCCCGAAACCCAGCGCCCCCCCAGCCAGCGCAGGCAACACCCCCAAACGCACCCACCCUGCCUCCACCUCCUCAUCCUCCUCCUCCACCACCAACACCCCCAACGCUGGCGUCUCUCGGUCCAAGACCUUCGCCGUCAAGUCUCGGACGCUGCAGAGCCCAUCGCGCUCCCUCUCGUCCCCGUCGGCGUCCCUCUCGGCGCUGGUGAGGUCGUCCCAGAGCGGCUCCCUGGGCUCCGUCAUCAACUCUUUGUCCUCGGGCAUCAAGAUGGACACCCUCCUCUCGGGCCCCAAGAUAGACGUGCUCAAGUCGGGCAUGAAGCAGGCGGCUAACGCGGCUAGCAAGGCGUGGGCAGCUGUGGCCUCAGCUUACUACUCAGACGAAGAGGAUGACCAAGCUGAGCAUGAUGGCUUCCCCGCUCGAUUGGACGAGCAGUUCCUGUCGGGUGAGGGGUCUGGGGCAGACGGCCACACCCCCCGAGGCCUGAUGGCAGCCAAUGGGCUCGCUCAGAGCUCCACCAGUCUAGGAAGCAGCAGCGGCAGCAGCGAAACACACCACAACACACCAAUGACUCCCGGGAGAUCGAUGAGGGGCGGAGACUCAGAGCAAGGAUCCUCUUCCCAUCACGCCAGCUCAUCCAGCAUCUACCAGAACUGCUCACUAGAGGUGUUGAUGUCGAGCUGUUCCCAGUGUGUGAAGUGCGAGGGGCUGGUGUACGAUGAGCAGAUCAUGGCGGGAUGGACGGCAGAUGACUCCAACCUCAACACCACGUGUCCUUACUGCCAGAACUCCUUCCUGCCGCUCUUACACGUGGAGUUCCACGACCUACGCCCACCCAGCGGCUUCUACCUGAAGCCCAGCGCGUCAGGUGACAGCCUCCCACCAACCACGACGUCGGAGCAGAAGAUAAGCUCCGCUCCCAACCCCAGCAACUCCAGUGACCUCAUCAGUUUCCCAGAAUCCUCGGAGGAAGGAGAGGAGGGGGAGGACUCGACCAGCAAGCAGACUGGCGCAAACAAGACGUUGGUUCUGGAGCCGGCUCAGUCGGACCCUUUGGGCCUUCUAGAGCGCCAGGACCGGCAUGCUCAGCGGGGCGCAGGGGGCGGCACCUCCCUGACCCGCAGCAACAGUGUGGGCGGGCCCCUACAGAGCCUGGAUCACGCCCACAUCCCACGGCCCAAUCAUGGCAUCUCCACCACCAGCUUGCCCAAUAGCCUGCACGACGUGGCGGAUUCCCUGGGCCAGAAGCGGGCCAAUCCUAAGCCGGUGUCGGUUCCGUAUCUGAGUCCACUGGUGCUGAGGAAGGAGCUGGAAUCACUACUGGAGAACGAGGGAGACCAGGUGAUCUACACCCACAAGUUCCUGAGUCAGCACCCCAUCCUGUUCUGGAACCUUCUGUGGUACUUCAGGAGACUGGACCUGCAGAGUAACCUACCGGGACUCAUCCUCACCUCCGAACAUUGCAACAACGGAGUACAGCUGCCCCAGUCGUCCCUGUCUGCUGACAGUAAGCAGGUCUACAUCCAGCUGCUCUGGGACAACACCAACCUACACACGGAGCCCACGGAACCACUCUACAUGAUGUGGAGGAGCUUUAUGGAGCGUAAGGGCACGUUGGGUCCUAAUGACUACCAGGAGACGCGUUCGCUGCUGAACAGCAUCGUGAGGAGCAUCCAGACCAACGACGUCUACUCCCCCAUCUCCCUACUGCUCAGAGAGGUCAAACGACACCCAGAGGUCAAGAGGCAGAGGAGUAUCUACAGAGAGAUCCUCUUCCUGGCUCUGGUGUCGCUUGGUCGGGAAAACAUCGAUGUCGAGGCGUAUGAUCGGGAGUAUCAGCAGGCGUACGACAAGUUGAGUGCCGAGCAGCUGAAGGCUCUGUCCGCCAUGGACCGGCCUCCCAGCAGGAGCGUCCAGUGGUGCCUCAAGACCUUCGGAGCUCCCUUCAUCUGAACUGAGCGCCGCCCUGUGGGUCUGGCGUAGAACUGCCAUCAGUCAGACUGACUAAACCCCUCUAGGCCUACAAGACACUCAGAAUUCCCCACCCCACCCACCGUCAUUCCCUGCCCUCUCACCCAGCCCAGCACUUCAGUAGUGCUUCAAGUCUUUUGGGGCCCUCCCCCUUCAUCUGAGCUCAGCACCACCUAGGGUUUUCGGAGUGGAACUACAGUGAUAGGAGCUACCCUUCUAUUCCCUCCAGACAUCCACCCUCCUCCUUCAACCCUCUCACCCAGCAGGAGCCGUACAGUGGUGCAUCAAGAUGUUUGGACCGUCCCUCAUCUAAACUCUUCCGCCACCUGGGUGUCUGGAGUGGAACUAUAGCCAUCACUAAGGCAGUGAAAAGGAGCGACAGCCUCUCCUACCCAGCAAGAGUGUUUAGUCGAGGAGAGUAGAGCAGAGUAAGAUGAUUCAAGCCUUUGCAUGUCCUGGAUCCAUAUGAUGUCAUGUGCUUUAGGUUGAGAAUAAAUGGAGUUCCCUUGGCACUGUGGAUGGCGGUAGCGCACAUCUUAUGCAAGCCGUCACCAAAAUGCACAGAAAGGAGACCGAAUUUGAGCACACGCAUUUGCAUUGGGCGGGUGGAGUUUGAAUCAUCUUACUCGUCUAAGGACAUCUCUGGUUUAGUGGUGCCACGACACCUUCAGAGCUCCUUUCACCUGAGCUGAGCGCCACCUGGGGCUUUGGAGUAUAAUAACAACAAUCAGUUACCUGCACUCCAAUCCUCCAAAAAAAAACCUUGUCAUGCAACUCCCCAUGCCCCCCACCCCUCUUCCAACCAACCAAGCAAGACUUUUCAGUAGGUUCUCAUGACCUCCAGAGUGCCUGUCAUCUGGGUUCAGCCCCAUCAAGUAGUAGCCUCCUGUUAAGUAUACAGGUCUGUUUCUUGGCCUCGGGGGUGAAGGGUCACAGCGCUAUGGAAACAGGAUACUUUUUCUUCUUCUUCGUUGGUGGUGGGAUUAUCCUUCUUUUUUGAUUUGUUGUACAGUUGAUGACGCAUCUUUGUGUCACUGCCCUCCUGCAUUCCAGAACUGUUUUUUUUUUGUGCUGGCCCGAAAGUGUGUGCGAGAGACACACACACACACACACACACACACACACACACACACACACACACACACACACACACACACACACACACACACACACACACACACACACACACACACCCCACACGCACACACACACGCACACAGAGUCUGACCCCUGGAGUAUAUGUGUCUAAUCCUUGUCUCUGGUUCUGAAUUCUACACACACCAACGUAGACACAAAAAACUCAACUUGACCCCCAAAUCAGACUUGAUUGAUAUGAGAGAUAUAACUGCCACCAUAACAAGAGUCAAUGGCUGUGACCUGGAGGAGCUGAACUCUGUAUUGAUACAUGACUUUGGAUGAAGGAUGUGGACCAAGUUCAAUCGAACAGUUGCACACUCACACACGUCAUUUUGCUUAAAUGCACAUGGGGUUUGAAUGUCGCUUUUAUGCUUGGAGAGAACAGGUGUGCUUGUGUGUGUGUGUGCGUGUGUGUGUGUGUGUGUGCGUGCGUGCGUGCGUGCGUGCGUGCGUGCGUGCGUGCGUGCGUGCGUGCGUGCGUGCGUGCGUGUGUGCGUGUGUGUGUGUGUGUGUGUGUGUGUGUGUGUGUGUGUGUGUGUCCAUGACAACCAGUCUUAGAGUUUGAUGUGCACUUUUAGAAAGAUGGUUGCUCAGUCGUCUGGGCUGUUUUGAUUUUAGUUGUUCAAUUUUGUUUUUUCAUGUACAUAUUUUUCUACAUUUGGACCUGUGUAAAUCAGAUUUGUGAUGGUCUCUGUGUGUGUGUGUGCGCGUGUGUGCGUGUGUAUGCGUGUGCGUGCGUGUGUGUCCAGAAACGUUAGUUAUUUAGGCACUUUUGGGUAAAUUGUCUUAAAUUAGCCUGGUUAAAGGGGACACUGGGAAUGGCCACUUUUUGGUGUGUGUGCGCGCGCACGUGUGUGUGCGUGAAUGUUAUAUGAUUUACACUGACUCACAAGUUGUGAGAGUGACUGUAAAGUAGUUGGUAAUAAUUAUAGUUGCAGAUAGAUGAGUUUGGGACAUUCCAUGAAUCACAGCAGUCUUUGAGCCCGUUUAUAUGCACAUCAAUAAACCGUUUAUGAACAGGUUUUUGGAGUUACCGGUUUAUUUGAGCGCUCAUGUAAACUGAAUAAACAGUUUUCAUAAUCGGGUUAUUGCCGUUAUCGGUUUAUGAGAAAUCCGAUUCGCACAGGUAGGUUUUUGGCUAAUAAACUGAUUUCUCGUGUCAUGUAUCCAGCAUAAUCGGGUUAUGAUCAGGUUAUUGACACUCUAGAAGGAUAAGUAGCCAAUCACAAGCCUUAAAUUCUAGUUUCGUGUCACACACUUUAGUGGAACACAGGCAACCGACGGACUGCAUAUAAACAGCAAUAAACCGUUUACUCUAAUAACCUGUUUAUUCCAAUAAAGAGAUUAUUGUGGCCAUAUAAACGGGCUCUUUGAUGAAAUCCAUGUAUGUUAGUACUAUGCUGCCCCCUGGUGAAGGUCUUCAUUAAAGGCUGUGAGUGUCGUACUCCCCUCUAGUGUUAUUACAUCUCCUCAUGAUGGGCAACAGUUGAGACGCUUGUUUGGAAACGCCAGCAGAGAAUUGUCUAGUUGAGUAAGAUACUUCAAGCCCAUGCAUUUCCUGGAUCCAUGUGAUGUCCUGUGAACGCCCCUUUAGGAGACCUUCUGUUAGGAGACCUUUUAGAGGCUUUAGGUGGAGAUCAAAUGGCGUUUCAAUGGCACCGUAGAUGGCGGUAGCACACAUAUUAUGCAAGCCGCUAUCAAAUGCUACAGAAAGAGAAGAAGAAGGAGGGGACAACAUCCCCUUAGCACACUCCUUUGCAUUGGGUCGGCAGAGUUUGAAUUAUCUUACUCCAUUAAGAAAAUCUUUGAUGCCAGUUGGGGCGUGCUGAUUUGGCUCUCUUUCUUUUCUCCCUCUCUCUCUCUUGUUCCAAUUUCAUUUCUCUCUAUCUUUCUGUACCUCCGUGUGUGUGUGUGU